GUUGUUGCCGUGAACGAAAGAAGAAAUCUGUUUAAUGAUUUUAGGUUUAUAGAAACAUUUGAGUAAACAUGGUUUUUCAAUUGUUUGAGAAAAGUAGCUAAACACUCAUGUUAUCGUAAAAAAAGUUCUAAUUUAUAAGUAUAUAACAUAUAAUAUAGGUUAGAGAUUACCAUGAAUUUUUUCGAUAGAAAAUUCACGCACAUUUUAUAUACAUGGCUUACAACAGUUUUUUACGUAUUACGUGUUGCGUCUUGUGACAGUUUUUCUGGAGGAGAUUAUUCAGAAGAAGAAAGUAUACCCAGGAUGGCAAGCUUCCCCAAUAUGCAGUAUGACGCGCCAGUUCAACAGCUUGUUGAUGUAGAAAAUACUUUAUCUAGUCUUAAUUUUUCACCCACAUAUGUUCCUUCAUGGCCGAAGAUUUCAGAUUCAUUAGGACAAGUAUCAGCAGUUAGUUUGGAUUCGUUUGGAAAUGUGGUCUUAUUUCAUAGAGGAAGUCGAAAAUGGGAUGCAGAAUCAUUUAAUAAAGAUGAAAUAUUUCUACAGCAGAAUUUAGGACCUAUACCUGAAAACACAAUUCUUGUUCUCAAUUCAACGACCGGGGAUGUUUCCUAUGAAUGGGGAUCUCAUAUGUUUUAUAUGCCACAUGGUUUAACAGUAGACUACUUCAACAACAUUUGGAUAACUGAUGUCGCCUUACAUCAAGUAAUGAAAUUUUCAUUCAAUGCUUCUACCUCUACAAAACCAUCCCUCACCUUGGGAAAAAAAUUUCUUCCUGGAAAUUCUCUGGACAGAUUUUGUAAACCUACAUCUGUCGCAGUGAUGAGAUCUGGUGACUUUUUUGUGGCUGAUGGAUAUUGUAAUUCGAGAAUUAUGAAAUUCUCUAUGAAUGGGGAAUAUCUAACUAGCUGGGGAAAAUCUACCAGAAACGAUGAUAGAAAGCCACCACCUUAUAAUUUUAGAAUUCCACAUGCUUUAGCGUUAGCUGAAGAUAAAGAUAUGCUUUGUGUUGCUGAUCGUGAAAAUGGUCGCGUUCAAUGCUUUAAUGCAAUCAAUGGUAGCUACAUUGAGAAGUUUCAACAUCCAAUUAUUGGACAAAGAAUUUUUAGUGUGGCAUAUUCCUCUGUUAAUGGAGGCCAAUUGUAUGUUGUUAAUGGGCCAAAUUGGAUGCCAUACUAUAAUUCUGUUCGAGGAUUUGUGAUAAACAUGACAUCUGGCAAAAUUGUAUCGCAAUUCCGUGCUGGUAGUAAGGACUUUCAAAAUCCACACGAUAUAGCGGUUUCAAGUGAUGGAAAACAGGCUUAUGUAGUAGAAAUUGAUCCUUACGUCAUUCAUAAGUUUGAAGAUAAUACUUUGCCUAAUGCUUCUGUUCCAACUAACUUCCAACUGCAGACAAUAGAAUCUGCAAAACCGACUGCAACUGUUGAUAAACAAUCAUCAGUUAUCUCUGCAAUUAGCUUCUCUGAUACAGCUAUAAACAAAGGUCCAACAGCAACAUUUUUGAUAAUUGUUACAGUACUAAUCAUUUUAACAGCUAUUCUGCUUGGCAUUGCGGCAUUGAUAUCCCGACACUUAAAACGAGGUAGGCAUAAUAUUGAUAAUGUUGCUGAAUAUUCUAAGCUCAUGACUACAGUUGAUGACGAGUGAAAGUAGAAUAAAAUAAUUUUCAUUAUGAACUUAAAAACUUUAAUAAUACAAUUCCAUUAACUUCAAAAUAGUGCUGUGAUUAGAAUUAAGUAUUUAUUUAAUUCCAAUGACUUAUGCAAUUCUAUGCAGAUACAAUUUAUGUUUACAU